AUGAGACGGCCCUCCACGUUCACCAAUGUCCUACGUGACAACUUGGUGAGCAUUGGCUAUAGCCUCUUGGAGCCCUGGAGGACAGUCAAUAGUUGACCGUGUGUGUGUGUUGUGGGGCAGGGUGCCACAAUGACACUGUGGUCAAGUUGCAGGCUCUCCAGAGGUGGCCGCUACGAUGAGUGGCAGGGCAUCAUCUGCAUAGGAGAGACCAACUCAGAGAUUGCGCAUGUUCAGAAGUACUUGCUGUAGCUGUGGGACACCGUCCUGUAGGUGGUGCUCAUCCUCAGCACUGGCGUCAUCCUGCAGGCCCACCGGUACAAUCUCGACCGGCAGCUCGUCGACGACCAUGUCCUUCAAUCCCUUCCAAAGCGGGACUUCCUGAAGAUCAUGUCCUCCCUCCGGACCAAAACGUACCGACAACUGCGCCGGCCGUCUGUUUGUUUGAAGCCCUUCAACCGCAACCAGCACCUUCGCGUGUUGCUGUGCCGACAUGAGUACCACCGGGCCUGCGUGGAUCCCUGGCUGCUGCAUCACACCUGCCCAUUGUGUAAUUGA